AUGGCAGACAUCCUGUCAUUCAACGUCCCGCUCGUGGCUUCGAACUCGGAAGCAGCCAGCUACAAAGUCCACAACGAGCCUGGCGAAGUCCACCGACCCUACAUCACCGGGACCGACCAAGACGGAGCUACUAUCGUGCAGGGGCACCUCGUCCAUACCAUCCACGGCUUUCACUCCGCCUGUUUCCCGUCCAGCGCCCGGGCCCUCGUCUCCACGCUCGACGCCAACGACCAGUUUUCUCGAAUCGACGAGCUCGCCACCGGCCGCGGCAGCAACCUGACACCGUGCACGCUGAUCGUCAUGAGAUGGGACAUGAUUCCCGGGCGCGCCUCACGCCGCUUCCGCUCCGUGCAGAUCGACUUGAUCUUCUCGGCCUACGGUCCCCGGCGGGGCGUCGCUCCGGGUGCGAGCAUGUCGCAUUUGGAUCCCGUCCCAAAGAAGCUCGCGCCCGCGACGCCGCCGGUCCGCGGGCAACUGAUACCCACCAAAGUGGUGAAAAAGACCGGCUUUUCCGGGGGCCCGACGAUCGGCUACGAGCCGUUUGUGUCCGUCUCUGGCGAGUACUCGCGCGAUCGCGAGGUGGAGGCCCUGUAUGACACGUCGUGCUGGAUCAGCGGGAGACCGAGGCAUGUUGGACGGGGUACGGGCGGCGCGAACGCUGUUCGGUUCACGUUUGUGGAGAACGAGGCGUUGGGAACGGGAGUGCAGAAGACGGUGUUCACGGCUGUGUUGCUGCAGAGAGAGGAGAGAGACGCGGAUGGGCAGUUUGCGAUGAAAGUGAAGGUUAAUUCCAAGGUUGAUUGGUUCCAAGACAAGAAGACGAAGAUUAGAGACGCUGUCGGGCUUACGGAGAGGGACCAUCCUGUCAUUUUUGACCCUACGGUUAGCUACGUGGUGGAGGAAGGCGAGAGGGUUGAGAGGAGGGAUGCGAAGAGUGGCGUCGAUUGGAGGAGGUUAUGGCACGCGGAUUUGGGGAGAUUCUUGGAACAAAACGAAGGGAACGCAACCCAUUGA